GCAGAGGACGCUCUGGGGGCCAUGUACCGGCGUCUGGCUGUGGGCCUGGCCCGAGGUCUGUUGCGGGUGGCGGAACGGCGGGGCCGCUGCUACCCGGUGUGCCUGCUGCCCGGGCCGCCGGGAGUUCGGGCGCCGCCGUGCCGAGGGGCGCCGCGCGGCCGAGGCUCGAGCCUACUGCCGCUGCUGGCAGCGCUCGCCUGGUCCUCGAGGCCCGCGGCGGCGGAGCAGGAGCGGCGGGGCGCGGGCGGGGCUGCAGCCGGGGACGCCGAAGCCGAGAUCAUCCAGCUGCUGAAGCGAGCCAAGUUAUGCAUCAUGAAAGAUGAGCCAGAAGAGGCAGAGCUGAUUUUGCAUGAUGCUCUUCAUCUUGCCCACAAGAGUCACAACACAAAGGCCAUUGCUUACACUUAUGACUUGAUGGCGAACUUAGCAUUUAUAAGGGGUCAGCUUGAAAAUGCAGAAAAACUUUUUAAAGCAACAAUGAGUUACCUGCUUGGAGGGGGCAUGCAACAGGAAGACAAUGCAAUCAUAGAGAUCUCCCUAAAGCUGGCCACUAUUUACGCUGCUCAGAGUAGACAGGAACUGGCUCUUGCUGGCUAUGAAUUCUGUAUUUCAACUCUUGAGGAGAAAAUUGAACGAGAAAGGGAAUUAUCGGAAGACAUUCUGUCAGCGGAUGACAAGGCCAACACACGGCUCCUUCUGGGCAUGUGUCUGGACACCUACGCGCGCUACCUGCUCUUCUCCCAGCAGCCAUCUCAGGCACAGAGAAUGUAUGAAAAAGCUCUGCGGAUUUCUGAGGAAAUACUUGGAGAAAGACACCCACAGACCAUCGUGCUGCUGAAUGACCUGGCCACUACCCUGGACACACAGGGCCGCACUGACGAGGCCUGUGUUCACGCACAGAGGGCAUCAGACCUGGCGAGGCAGGUGGAACACCCUGAACUGCACGUGCUGCUCAGCAAUCUGGCUGCAGUCCUGAUGCACAGAGAACUGUACGCACAAGCAGAAGAGACCUAUAGGGAAGCACUGAGGCAAGCAGAGCUGAAGAGAGACGAGGCUUCUGUGCAGCACAUCAGGGAAGAGCUGGCCGAGCUGGCAAGAAAAAGCAGACCUUUGUCAUGACUACCAACACCUCUGUUCCAGUCCUGGCAGCUCCCAAUCAGUGGCUUAAAUCCUCUGUCCGUGACAUGCAUGUCUCCUCACCUAAGCCUUGGUGGAGGACAAGCUGUGCUGUUUGUUUUGCACACCCCCCCUCCCCUGACUGACUCUUUUUUUAUGGACUGUUGUCAGGCGGUGCUCUGUUUUAAUGGAUGGUUGGGGAGGUGGUGAACCGUGCCAGGUUAAGAGGGACCAGUGUUCACCUGGAGUGGGGGCAUCUCUACUGUAAGGGUUUGGUUCAUUGAUUUGCUGCUAUGUCUUAUUUUAUUAAGACCUGGCAGAACAGAGCUACCAAUCUCAUGAUGGUGAGUUGCUUUCUUUUAUUCUCUCUCUCAUGAGGACCACUGUGGGAUUUAAUGCAUAAAAAAGUAGUAUCUUGGUUGCCACAAAGCAUCAGACGUGAAGCUUUAAAGUGGGAAUUGGGCACUUGGAAUUAGUAGUGUCCCCUUUAGAUUAUACAUAAAAGUGGACUGCAUGUUUUUGUACGUUUCUGGUUGUAGACGUGAAAAAAGGAAGAAAAGGAAUGACAAUUCCUACGGUCCGUCCCUUCUGAGCAUGCACCCCUCUGGACUAAGUCACAGGGUAGAGUUGUCUGAGGGCUGCCAAGUCCCCUGACUCAGAGAGGAACCCUGGGGGUGACGUACUGACAGUAAUGGGGCCAUAGAGGAAGCACUGCCUGGACUCCAGCCGCGAGUCUUGAGUUUUGCUUCUCAGUCUCCCCUUGGGGGUCUCUGGACUCGUUCCGCCCUGGGAGAAGGUCAGUGUGGCCUAACCUGGAUGGUGUGUCAAGAGCACCAUCCCUGCCUUGGGGCAGUCCUGCAGUCCCUCUGGUGUGGGGGUGGGGAGGAUGAACUAGUGCCUUUGGCUCCUGUGUACACAAGAAGGAUCCCUUCCUAAUAAACCAGGAGACACCACGA